GGUCCUGAUAACAGGGUACCAGAAACCAAUGUGUCACAGAACACUGCGACCGGUUUAUAGCUGUCAUGUGUAUGAAAGGGCAGGCAGCUGUGUGCUUUCUCUCGUCGAUUUCUCGGGUUUUGUACCCUACGCUCAAGUACGUAGUAGCUUCUUUUCAGUUUCUUUGUGUUUUCUCAACUCACUUUUGCACCUUCCGUGCACACCAUAUGACUAGCCUAGUCUCCGGUAUCCGAGUCACUCCCAGUGCUUCUCGUCAUCUUGCAUAUCUUGAUACUCAUCGCAGUCCUCGUCGUAGCCUAUCUCAGCGCUGUUCCUAACCGUCGCCGAGACUCGCCCUAGUCUUUAAUGUCUCCCUCUAGCACUGAGAAGCCAGGGGCGCACUGCCAGUCUCCCGAAGCAACCGCCGAUAAAAUUGCAGCGGCCGUAGAAGAGAGUUGGCCCACAAAAGAUUUUGGUCUUAUACCAAUCCCGAAAAGGCUCCAAUACAAUCCCAUCAAACCUUUUCACUUUGGCAUUUCUCUCAACGUUUCCUUUGGAUUUGCUAGCACAUUGACUGUCGCUAACUUGUAUUAUUGUCAACCGCUGUUGAGUAUGUUGUUGCGGACGAACCACAUCGCCAGUUACGCCAAUUCAACGCCUAUGAUCAUCUUCGCCGGUUCUACAGUCUAUGUCUAUAUUGCUGUAUUAAGUCUUUCUGCAUCGGAAGCACAGCCAGAUUUGCAAAGGACCUUUGACAUCAUCAACCAGUGCGGUAGGAAAGUUCGAGGACUCGCCAUCACGAACAACCUCUUGGUGUUCGAGAUAAUCUCGUUUCUGAUUGGGCUGACGUCUGUCACUCCUCAAAUUCUCGUGCCACUAGCCGCAGAUCUCCCUCCUCCCGCCCGUCGUGGAUCAGCUAUUUCAGUUGUCCUAUCAGGUUAUCUGCUUGGCAUCCUCAUCGCACGUGUACUGUCUGGCAUGGUGGCCAAUUUUACGGGUUGGCGAAUUGUGUACUGUAUGUCUAUUGGCGUCCAGAGCAUUGUCCUGGGCGGUGCGUACAUGUUGCUUCCGGACUAUCCAGUCAAGAACUGUGAUUUGUCCUACCUCGGGAUAUUUCGUUCCAUGGCGAAAUAUAUUGUCACCGAACCUCUCGUCAGCAAGAUCAUGUUCACAAACUGGGCUGCCAGCGCAUGCUUCACCAACUGGUGGGUGACCCUCACGUUCCUACUCGGUGGACCGUCAUAUGGCUACUCCACCAUGAUCAUCGGCUUAUUUGGCCUCAUUGGAAUGCUGGGUGUAAUUAUUGCGCCAUUCUUUGGCCGUCUGCUCGAUCGGCUUGCGCCAUGGUGGUCCGCAGUUGUUUCGACUGUGCUUCUUUUGGUGUUCCAAGCAGUACAAACUGGGGCGGGAGGUAUAAACAUCGCUGCAGUCGUCAUCUCUUACUUUGUAUUAGACCUGUUCCGUCAAACUCAAUCUAUAUCACUCUCUGCACUGAUGUUCAGGUACAGUAUCAUGUGUUUCCAGCUCGCUGUGCUUAGCCUUAGAGGUCCCCAUUGUCCUGGGAAUCGCUGA